AGGGGUCUGGUACCACCAUUUGCGCCGACAAGCCCUUCUGCCAUUGAAAAGUGCUAGUAACGCUACUGCCAUUUGGCGCAGUUAAAUAUAGCUAGCAGCUACAUCAAUUUGCAUAGCGUAGCGUCCUUACAGAAUUUCCCAUAUUUGCCAUUUUAAAUCGUGUUUCAGUUUAGUAUUUUUAUACAGAUAUAAAAAUGAGUUCAAUUAACGUAAAAAAACUGAAAGUUAACGAGUUGAAGGACGAGCUGAAAAAGCGUCAGCUGUCGGACAAGGGACUGAAGGCCGAGUUGAUGGACCGGCUGCAGGCCGCACUUGACGAAGAGGCCCUGGCUGGAGAUGAUCCCAUUGGGCUGGAGGCCGCGGAGGGAGGCAGCUCUGGGGCCGCUGAUGAUCAAGAGGACAUGGGGGAAGACGAAGAAGACGACGAGGAUCCGGUCGAAGAAAGCAUGGAGGCCAACGAGGAGGAGGAGAAUGGAAACGGAGAGGGAGAUCCCGCCGUAGAAUGCGAGGAGAACGCGGCUCAGGAGGACGACGAAAUGGGCGAGGUGGAGGAUGAAGACAUGGAUCCAAUGUUGAAGGAAGGUGUGGACGACAUGGAGAAAAUAACGUUAGACGCAGAGGAUGGUGAGCCUGGAGAUCAGCCAGCAGAGGGGGAUGCGGACAAAGACACGAAUGCUGAUCAGAAGAAUAAGAAGGGUGUUAAGAGACGCCGGGAGGAACAUGGAAGGGGCUACUUUGAAUUUAUUGAAGAGAACAAAUACAGCUGGUCUAGUCUCAAGUCUCCACUGCCACCCCUGGAAGAGGAAGAUGAAGAGUUUGACGAUACAACAGUCUGUCUGGACAACUAUAACUGCGACCUGCACUUCAAGGUGUCCCGGGACCGGUACAGCGCAUCCUCUCUCACCAUGGAGAGCUUUGCCUACCUUUGGUCUGGGGGCAGGGCCUCGUACGGCCUGACCCAGGGGAAGGCCUGUUACGAGAUGAAGUUAACUGAGAAGAUUCCAGUGAAGCACAUCUUCAGUAAGAACAUGGAGGUCCAUGAGGUCCAGGUUGGAUGGUCCAUGGCUACUGGCAGUCUGCUCCUUGGUGAGGAGGAGCAUUCUUAUGCCUACUCUGGCAAAGGCAAGAAGACUACCAACUGCGUGACUGAAGAUUUUGGAGAGACUUAUGAUGAGAACGACGUCAUCUGCUGCCUCAUCAACUUUGAGGGCGAGGAGGUGGAGAUUUCCUUUUCUAAGAAUGGUAAGGAGCCAGUUGUGGCCUUCCAGGUCAGUAAGGAGUCCCUGGCAGGGAGAGCUCUCUUCCCCCAUGUCAUCUGCCACAACUGUUCUGUGGAGUUCAACUUUGGCCAGAUGGAAACACCCUACUUCCCCCAGCCAGAGGGCUACACCUUCCUGCAGCAGGUCGCCAUGGACGACCGUGUCCGCGGACCCAAGGGACCCAACACCAAGAAGGAGUGUGAGGUGAUUGCUAUGGUAGGCCUGCCCGGCUCAGGAAAGACCACCUGGGUGAACAAGCACAUCCAGGAGAACCCUGGGAAAUAUUACAUCCUGGGCAGCGACACCAUCGUGGAGAAGAUGAUGAUUGGAAGCUUGAAGCGUCAGGCGAAGGACACAACUAAGCUCACGGCCAUUUCCCAGCGUGCUCCUCUCUUCCUGGGAAAGUUCAUUGAGAUCGCUGCUCGCAAGAAGAGGAACUAUAUCCUGGACCAUACCAACCUGUCUGCCCCAGGCCAGAAGAGGAAGAUGUGUCUGUUUGCUGGGUACCAGCGGAAGGCUGUGGUGGUCUGCCCCUCAGACGAUGACUACAAAGAGAGGGCCCAGAAGAAGGCAGAGAGCGACGGCAAAGACGUGCCCGAGCACGCUCUCCUCAAAAUGAAAGGAUUCUUCACCCUGCCAGAGGAGGGCGACAGCUUCGCUGAGGUGAGCUACGCUGAGCUGCAGAAGGAGGAGUCCUCCAAGCUAGUGGAGCAAUACAAGGAGGAGAGCAAGGCAGCCCUGCCGGCUGAGAAGAAGCCCAACCAGGGGGCCUUGACCCCCAAUAGAGGAGGUGUUGUCCGGGGUGGAGGCAGAGGCAAGAACCAGUUCAACCGCGGAGGAGGACCUGGCCAGAGAGGAGUUGUACGAGGAGGCUUCCAGCAGAGGGGCAACUUCAGAGGAGCUCCAGGUCCUCGUGGUGGGUUCACUCGCCCCCCUCGAGGCUUCAUGCCCCCUCCAGCCUUCAGGGGUGGAUUCGCCAACCGGGGCAACUUCAACAGGGGCGGUGGCCUCAUGGCCCCCCAGCGUGGGGCCCCAAGAGGGGGACCAAUUAGGGGCAACAUGGGCUACAGAGGUGGAGCCAUGAACAGGGGAGGUCCACCAAUGAACAGAGGUGGAGCCAACAUGAGCCGGGGAGGUGGAGCCAACAUGAGCCGGGGAGGUGGAGCCAACAUGAGCCGGGGAGGUGGAGCCAACAUGAGCCGGGGAGGUGGAGCCAACAUGAGCCGGGGAGGUGGAGCCAACAUGAGCCGGGGAGGUGGAGCCAACAUGAGCCGGGGAGGUGGAGCCAACAUGAGUCGGGGGGGUGGGGCCAACAUGAGCCGGGGUGGCGUAGGAAACAGGGUCAACUUUAACCAGGGGUUCCAGCCCAGAGGAGGCAGCAGCCAUGGAAACUUCGGCAAUAAGAGCAGCGGAUUUGGUGAUGGCAGGAAUGCUGGAGGUCGUGGUGGCGGAUUUGGGGACAGUAGAAACUCUGGAGGACGUGGUGGGGGAUUUGGGGACACCAGGAACGCUGGAGGACGUGGCAGGGGAUUUGUGGACAGCAGGAAUGCUGGAGGACGCGGAGGCUUUGGAUUCGGCAUGGACAAGGCUCAGGCCUUCAACCAGAGCUGGCAGCAAGGGUUAUGGAACCAGAAGCCAUGGAGACAGCAGUAUCAGCCAGGAUACUAUUAAAUACUUUCUGAUCAAAAGGACUGGUGGAAAAUAAUGGAAACCCACCACGAGCCACAGAUGUCAGUCUCUCCCACCACCUGUUUUUUUUUUUCUAGAACCAACUUUUAAAUUAAAAACAAAAAAUACGACAAGACUAUGGAGCAACAUUCCACAUGAGGAAAGGAGUCUCUUUGAAGCUUUAUGGGUUUUUUCAUUUGAUUUUGUACAUUUUAUGAUAUUUUUCCAAAUUUUAAAGAAAUCCCAUGCUUUUAAAAAAAUCCCAUGUUUGAGAAAUAUACCACAACAUUUUUGCUCUGCUUCAGUGAAAUGUUUGAAAGAUUUUCAUGGUUGUGCUUUUCUUUUUCUUUUUUUUACUAAAUGUAAAUAUUGUUUGUUGUAUAAGGAGUGAGAACACUUACUAACUGAAAGGAACCAUCUUUUGAGGCAUGGUAGCAAUAUUAUUGUUAGUGAUUGUAUAUGUAGUCCGUAAGCAACAAACAGUUAUUUUGCGUCAAACGCCAUUAUUAGAUUUGUCUAUUGUUAUUUUUCAUUAUAACGUCAAGCAUGUAAUCUAAACUCCAUAGAUCUACAAUAAACAACAUAUUUGCUUUUUUACAAACUUC